CGGGGUCCGGAUUGUUUCUCCGAUUCACGAUCGUUUCCUGCAGGUAACAUCGAUCGGGGGGCGGCAAAAAAAAAACAACCCGCCCCGCCCCCGCUGCUCCGUCUGCCGCCGGGGAGCGAGGUCGAUCGGUGUGGUUGGCGUCGCCGCCCGCACCGGGGCGGGUUCGGUCAAGAUGGCGCAGGCUCUGUCGGAGGAGGAGUUCCAGCGGAUGCAGGCACAGCUGCUGGAGCUCAGGACCCAGAACUACCAGCUCUCAGAUGAACUACGCAAGCAGAGUGCAGAGGUGAACUCCCUGCGGUUGAAGUCCACCAAUGUAGAGAAGGACCUGGCGAAGGCACAGAAGGCCGUCACGAAGAGCAAGAAAGCACAGGAAGUGGACGCCCUCCUCAGCGAGAACGAGAUGCUCCAAGGCAAGCUGCACAGUCAGGAGGACGACUUCCGGCUGCAGAACAGCACGCUCAUGCAGGAGCUCUCCAAGCUCUGCGCACAGAUCGAGGAGCUGGAGGCAGAGAACAAACGGCUGAAGGAGAAGGCUUCAGCAUCUGACCCCAACUCGGCAGCCAGUCCUGUGGAUGGGGAGCUGCUGAGACUCCAGGCAGAGAACACGGCACUGCAGAGAAACCUGGCAGCCCUACAGCAGCGCUAUGAGCAGGAGGUCCAGGCCCCACGACACAGUGAGGAGCAAGAAGCCAACGGCAAUGAGGAGGCCGUCGUGGACAGGCAAGGACUUGACGGGAGCCCAAAGGAGGAUGUGAUGGAUGGAAGCGAGAAAGAGGCACAGGAGCCAAGCAAAGCCCCACUGGAGAAAUUGGAGCAGCUGGAGUCCAAGUGUGCCAAACUGGAGCAGAAGUUGAAAGAGUUCAAUGAGAUGGAGUUGAAGUGGGAGAUGGAGCGGGAGGAGAAGCGGCUGGUCAAGGAGCAGCUGCAAACUCUGGAGAUGUCAAAACAAAGCGAGCUGAGCAAACUCCAGGAAGAAGCCAACAAGCUCUCUGAGAAGCUGAAGAAGAAGCAGGAGAGCUUCCUGCGGCUGCAGACAGAGAAAGAGGCACUCUACAACGACAGCAGGACGAAGAUCGAUGAGCUCCAGCAGAGGAAGGAAGAGGAGCUGAAGUCUCUGAACGCCCGGAACCAGCGCCUGCGGCAGGAAGCACAGGCGGCCAGCCAGAGUCUGUCGGAUCUGAGGGAGCACGUGCUGCAGCUGCAGAGGGAGCACGAGGCAGUGGUGCAAGGACUCAGAGACCAGGUGGAGUGUCAGAGUGCGGAAUGCCAGGAACAGGUGGAGAGCAUCCUGUCUGAGAACGAUGCCCUCCGCACCGGUUUAGCUGCACUAGAGCAGAUCCAAACAGCUAAGACGCAGGAGAUGAACCAGCUGCGGGACCAGGUGGUGUCACUGACUCUCGACAUCCAGCAGCGACAGAGCGAGCUGGAGGUGCUCGAGGCGGAACGGGACGACCUCAGCAGCCAGCUGCAGGGGGUGACGCAGGCCAAUGGGCUGCUCCUGGAGCAGGCACAGCAGCUGGAGUGUGACCGGGACCAGGCACAGCAGGAUCUGGAGGAAGCUCGUAAGUCGGCAGACAAGCGGAAGGCCAUGCUGGAUGAGCUGGCCAUCGAGAUGCAGCAGGAGCAGAGCCGACACAAGGAGGCGGUGGGCAGCCUGAAGCUGCAGCACGAGAAGGAUGUGCUGGCCGUCCGCGCCCGGUACGAGAGGGAGCUGCGGCAGCUCCACGAGGACAAGCACCGGGCCGAGGAGGAGCUGAGGGCCCAGCUCAGGGACGAGAAGGCCCGCGGCCGGGAGCUGGAAAGCCUACAGCAGAAGGUGGAGGAGCUGGGGCGGCAGGUGGAGGCCGCAGAGGGGGCCAAGGGCUGGCUCCAGCGCAGCCUCAAGGAGGCUGAGGAGCUGGUGCAGCAGAAGCAGAAGGAACACGAAGAGAAUGUUAGGCAGCUGCAGGAAACCCACGCACUCGAGCUGCAGGCGAAGGAGCGGGAGACGGCGAGCGUACGGGAGGAGCUGGCUCGAGCCGAGGCCGAACGGGACGAACACGGGGAGACCAUCGGCAAGCUGCGGCAGGAAAUCAAGGACACAGUGGAUGGUCAGCGGAUUCUGGAGAAGAAAGGGAGUUCUGCGCUGAAGGACCUGAAGCGCCAGCUGCACCUCGAACGGAAGCGGGCCGACAAACUGCAGGAGCGGCUGCAGGACGUCCUCACCAACACCAAGUCCAGGACAGGCCUGGAGGAUCUGGUCCUGGCAGAGAUCAGCUCGCCCAGCCGGGUCCAAACCGGUGACAGCAGCAGCGUCUCCUCCUUCAGUUACCGAGAGGCCAUCAAGGAGGGGGCCUCCAGCAGCAAGUCCAACACAGGCAGCCCACAGUCCCAGCGACCGGCGGACCUGUCCGACGACGAGAUCUCCGACCUCUUCCAGAGGCUGGCUGAAGUGCAGCAGGAGAAGUGGAUGUUGGAGGAGAAGGUGAAGCACCUGGAGGUGAGCUGCUCCUCGAUGGCGGACGACCUGUGCAGGAAGAGCUCCAUCAUCGAGACCUACGUCAUGGACAGCAGGAUCGACGUGACGACGGGUCAUGGGCCGGCGGAGCGCAGCGGACUGGGCAGCGUGCUGCGGGACCUGGUGAAGCCAGGUGACGAGAACGUGAGGGAGAUGAACAAGAAACUGCAGAACAUGUUGGAGGAACAGCUGACCAAGAACAUGCAUCUGCAGAAGGACCUGGAAGUGCUGUCGCAGGAGCUGGUGAGGCUCAGCAAGACUCCGUCGGCUCAGGAGGACGAGGUCGGGGAAGCCCCCGAGCGCAGCUGAGGGGGCUGUGCACCUGGCAACCAAUCUCUGCGGGAUCAGCAAGGGGGAAGAGCGAGUCCUCUGUCCAGACUGUGCACCUGUACAUAAUGCGUGUGUAUAUAUAAAGCAGAUGUCUAUAUAUAUAAUGUACAGUGUGAAUAUAACACGGUCUAUGGUUUUUGUUAGGGUUCCCAAGGGGAUGCACUGCUCUGGUAAUUGUUCCUGUGGACCCUGCCUGUCUGGCCCGCUGUAACUGCACCUUCCGAGCCCUGAAACCUCUGGCCUUUGCGGGGAGAAGCGAAGGGGUUUCUUUGUAAUGUGAUCUUCUGAACUGAAGCACCUUCUACCAUUCUGGAGUGAGGCUCCCUCUCCACCGUCCCGUCACACACUCCCGGGAUCAGACACAGGGUGAGGCUCCCUCCACACCGUCCCGUCACACACUCCCGGGGUCAGACACAGGGAGAAGCUCCCUCCGCACCGUCCCGUCACACACUCCCGGGGUCAGACACAGGGUGAGGCUCCCUCCACACCGUCCCGUCACACACUCCCGGGGUCAGACACAGGGAGAAGCUCCCUCCGCACCGUCCCGUCACACACUCCCGGGGUCAGACACAGGGUGAGGCUCCCUCCGCACCGUCCCGUCACACACUCCCGGGGUCAGACACAGGGUGAAGCUCCCUCUGCACCGUCCCGUCACACACUCAGACACCGAGUGAAGCUCCCUCCACAUUGUUCUGUCACACACUCCCGGAACACUGAGAAGGGAUGGGGUGGUUUACGUUCUGUGAACCAUCCCUCUGACAAGCCCCCUGGGACAUCACAGCCCCCAGGGGAGCAGAGGCCCAUUCUGCAGGGGAUCAGGUGAUGUGUAACACUAACAGCUACCGACCUAAUGCGUAUUGAUCCCCCCUCCUGCAGUAUUUUUAGAUUUUGCUUACGAGUCUGGCUGCCGUUGCCAAGUGCGGAUCCUGACGGGAAGGUCUUGGAGAGGGUCCCGCACUGCUCUGGGUCAGACCUGCACCCCCCCCCCACCCCCUCCUGCCCAAUGUUGACAGGAGGGGGGGUAGUUUCCCCCCACUGCGGUGACCCCCCACAUCUCCCUGUGACCACUGAAGGGUUAAUCCCUUUCCCUAGGGCAUUGGGGACGGAAGCAGGGAAACCACUGGCCUCAGAUAAGAUCACACCCAAUGUCCUCGGAGACCCGGUUAGAAUCCGACCUCUGCCUCUGUGUUUCAUGUCCUGUCAUCCCCGUCCCCGUGUCCCAGUUCCCCCCCCCCCACCCCCACGUCCCAACGAACAUGCCGGGGGGUGGGGGGGGAUGGGUCAGGGGCUUGAUUGCCCCCAGUGUGUGGGUGAGGUGUGAGAGAGAGAGACUAAAUUGGGAGUGGUUUGUAGAUUAGGUGCUUGGAUGGUCAGAACAGACUCGGUGGGCCGAAAGGCCUUGUUUUCCGUGCUGGAUUAUCCCACGGCUCUCACCCCAUAUCCUCUGAAUCCCAGUCCCAGAAUCCCAGUCCCAGCUGGAGGUGGGUGGGGGGGUGGUGCGGUGGGUGUGUUGGGAAUCAAUGGGGAGCUGCUGUGUCUUUGGUUGUUAAGGGGGUUCCCCCCCCCCCAACCGCUUCCCCAGGGCGGUGCAGGGGUCCUGACCCAUGGGGUAGGGGGUGCGUACGUGUGUGUGUGGGAGGGAGGGGUUUGCUCCCGUGGGCAAUGGGUCGGUGGUACAAGGUGUGGAUAACCUGGUGCCACUGGCCCGAUGGUGCUGGGCUCCUGGACCCGUGUCCCCCGGCACUCGACCUCCCCGUCCUGUCGUCACUGAGCGGCCUCCAACCAGAAUGGAAUAAAGUAUUUAA